GGGGAUCAGCCGAGCGUGGCUGGGGGAGUUCAGCCCUGUGGUCGGUCCUGUUUGAGUGGCCUUGCUUUGCUUCUGCUUUAAUUUUCAUGUUUGGUGUCUGAAAAUAUUGGGCAAAUGGGGUUGUGAGGAAGACAGCAGAAAAAUACACAGAAAAACAACCUGUUCAUGAAGAUCAAAUAAUAUUCGUUCUCUUUAUAUGGCAGUAUUUAUGAGCUGGUUUUAGAUGGGAGAGCGUGAGGCCAUUAAAAUCAGGAGGAAUUCUUUCUGCAGCCACUUGAGAUGCUGCAGGUACAUCUGGGGUGAAUUGCAGUGCUCAGAGUCAUCCCUGCCGUGACGUGUGAGGGACCGAGUGCCUGUGAGAGCAGGGAGGAGUGGAUUCCCGCAGUGGGAAGGGGUGGGUCCCAGCUGGGAGUCGUGUUGGGUUUCAGGCCGAGUGUUUUGGUCUUAGCUUUCAUCCCAAGCGUCGCUGCAGUCCCAUGGAGAGCCUGGGGAGCUUGUUUAAGGUCGUGUUGAUCAUGGACAGUGAAGAAAUCCCUACUUUUUCCAGUCCAAAGGAGGAAACUGCCUAUUGGAAAGAGCUUUCCUUGAAGUACAAGCAAAGCUUCCAGGAGGCUCGUGAAGAGCUGGCUGAGUUCCAGGAGGGAAGCAGGGAGUUAGAGGCUGAGUUGGAGGCACAGCUAGUGCAAGCUGAGCAGAGGAACAGAGAUUUGCAAGCAGAUAACCAAAGACUGAAAUAUGAAGUGGAAACAUUAAAGGAGAAACUGGAGCACCAGUAUGCCCAGAGUUACAAGCAGGUGUCGUUGUUGGAGGAUGACCUGAGCCAGACAAGGGCCAUCAAAGACCAGCUGCACAAAUAUGUGAGGGAGCUGGAGCAGGCCAACGAUGACCUGGAACGUGCCAAGAGGGCAACAAUAGUUUCAUUGGAAGACUUUGAACAAAGGCUGAACCAAGCUAUUGAGAGAAAUGCAUUUUUAGAAAGUGAACUGGAUGACAAGGAGUCAUUGCUGGUCUCUGUGCAGAGAUUAAAGGAUGAAGCAAGAGACCUGCGGCAGGAGCUGGCCGUGAGGGAAAGGCAGCAGGAGGUGACCAGGAAAUCAGCACCCAGCUCCCCCACUCUGGACUGCGAGAAGAUGGAUUCAGCUGUCCAGGCCUCUCUCUCCUUGCCAGCUACACCCGUUGGAAAAGGAUCAGAAAACAGUUUUCCUUCCCCUAAAGCUAUACCAAAUGGGUUUGGUACCAGCCCACUCACUCCUUCAGCUCGAAUAUCUGCGCUCAACAUCGUGGGAGAUCUGCUACGCAAAGUGGGGGCCUUAGAAUCCAAAUUAGCUGCUUGCAGGAAUUUCGCGAAGGACCAGGCAUCACGGAAAUCCUACAUUUCAGGGAACGUCAGCGGCGCCGUGCUGGGCAGCAGCGGCACCAAGUACCCAGGGCACACGUCCUUCUUUGACAAGGGGCGUGAGAAGGUCAUAUUCCCCACCUUGGUCAUGGGGCAGUGAACGGCUUUGACCAGGGCCCCCCGGGCCUGGGGGGCUCCCGCCCGUCCUCGGCGCCGGGAAUGCUCCCCCUGAGCGUAUGAGCCCGCAGGGCUUGGACUCGGAGGCUUUUCUCAGCCCACCUCGAGAAGAACUGCUCCUGAUCCCUCCUCCCCAUUCCCACCCCGCUGGAACGUGACCCUGAGAGGAGACCCCGAGCCCACGGCCCUCCAUGUCCUGUCAAUACAGUUUGUUUUCUGCUCUCGCUGUAGUGGACGUUCUCUGCCCCGGCCCACGAGCUGCCACCCUCUGCUCUGCCUGGGGACACCGGGUCCUGCUCUGCCUGGGGACACCGGGUCCUGCUCUGCCUGGGGACACCGAGUCCUGCUCUGCCUGGGGACAGGCCCAGCCUCGCCCCCUUGGCUUUCCCUCUCUCUCCCUGAGCUCUGACAGAGCCUUGCUCUCUCCUGUGACAGGCUCCCCUGUCCCUGUCCCCUGCCAGCCCUGCAGCUGCUGCUCUCAGAGCCCGUGGCAGUGCCCUGGGGUGCCAGCAGUGGCCUUGGGGCCAUUUGCCCUUGGGAGGCAGCCCCAGGUGCUGGCUCAGGGGCAGCUGCACCCAGGGCACUCGGAGCUGGGGGAGCAGCUCCAGCCUGGCCAGGCCGGCUCCAUCCCCGCUGGACAGCUGGACAGCUGGACACACACCCAGAGCCAGGCUCUGUGACCGUCCCACCCCCCAGGAGGGCCUGGCAUGGCUGAGCUGCUCUCCCUGGGGCUGCUGCCCUGCUGCAGGGUGGGCAGUGCUGUGGCCAGGAGCUGUGCCCUCAGCUGUCCCCAGGGCUGCCCCACAGCUCCCUGGCCCUGCUGGACUCGGCCUCCGUCCCUCACCCCACACACAGUGACCCCGUGGGAGCUUUGGGAGCUGCUGCUCCCCCGGCCCCAGGCCCCCCUGCCCGUCCCCCCCUGUGCUGUAGGACUGGACUGUGCAGCCUCCCCGGGCUGCUCUGACAGUGUGGGGCCACUGAACCUCGUGGGUCUGUCAAGCAACACCUUUGUGUGGUUUCUCUGUCCAUGUGCCUCGGAGUCAGUGGAUUUUCAUUCUGAACCAGCAAUGGAGCCAGGGUUGGAGCUGAGGGUUCAGCGGUCGGCGGCCAGGGGCUCUGCAGCUCCCAGGUGGUUGAGUUACAGAUGCUGAGGAAAAAACCCCACUGGCCCAGCAGUGGAGGUGGGAUUGUCCCUUUGCCAUUAGGGUUUGUAUGGUCCUUCCUGUGCAUCCUCUGCUGCAUUUGACUGUUUACAUUUGUUUUAUUGUACAUAGAUUUGUAAACAUAAUACCUUUGCCUGAGGUCUUUGUACAUAACUUGGGCUUUGUAGCUUUAUUUAUUCAGCCUCUCUCUGGCAUGUUUCCAUAGGAUGUACCGUUCCACCCUGGUGCCACUGACAUGAUGUGGUUGCAAAAGAAUGAAAGCAAAUGAGAGUAAUCUUCCAAAAAUAAAAGUUCUUUUAAUGUGGAAUCAGUGGAUUUUGCA